AUGAACGUUCCGCCUCCUAACUCAUUUAUACUUGUCUCCCAUAUCUCCGAGACAAAAUGCUUAAUCUCCUUGUACUGUUCAACUGUCCUGAAGUACCCCGAUUUCUCACAGCCGUGUAUGUUUCGUUACAAACUAAACGUUUACAGUACGAAAACCAAUCACAAGCUCAGAUUUAACGGCAGGAUUACAUGGGAGGCGAAGACGUUAGCCGGUCUUUGA